ACUAAGCUGGGCGAAAUUUAGAGAGAGGGAGAGAGAAAAAGAUGCGUAGGGGGAGGAGAACUCUGUGAGCCUCCGCCCCUUAGCAGAGUCUGGCUUUAGCACCUAAAAAAGUUCAUUGGAACUUGGCUGCUGGGAGAGAGCGAAACUCUCGGACUGCAGAUAGGAGGAAGAGAGAUCGGACUGGGGGAACCCUGGUGUGCCAAGUGUUGAUCCCAUCUUUCUGCCCCACGAUGUAGGGACCCUUUCUGGCUUUCUGGAUCCUAGAGGAUUCUUCACUUAUUUUUUUCUUGCCAGAUUCAGCUGCCUGUACUGCCCUUGUCAGCCCCAGCUACCCUGCCUGAAUUGAGAAUAAUAAUCAUUUUUAAAGGGAAGGUGGGAGGACUGGAGGGAAAGAGGGCCCAAGCCCCAGGCUGGGGGCUCGUGAGGCAGCUCCAGGCUCAGCUGUAACUGCAGCUGGGGGAGCAUGGUGGGCGUAGUACUGGCGGUCCGAGGACCAGCAAGACAGCUGUGGCCAUCAUCGCCGCUUCUGCUGCUACUACUGCUCUUGUUGCUGCUGCUGCUGUUGCUGUGCAGAGGGGCCUCAGCACAGUACUCCAGCAAUAUGUGCAACUGGAAAGGGAGUGGGCUGACUCAUGAGGCACAUAAGAAGGAUGUUGAACAGGUCUACCUCCGAUGUUCUGAAGGAUCCGUUGAAUGGAUGUAUCCUACUGGAGCACUAAUAAUUAAUCUGCAAACAAAUACAGUAUCAUUGUCUAAUAAACAUUUAACAAUUUGCAUCAAACUGUUCAAGGACUCCAUGGGAGCAAAUAUUUAUUUGGGAAAAAAUGGAGAACUGAAGCUAUUGGUUAGAGAUGGAGACCACAGUCCUAGAAAAGUCUAUUGUUUUGGAUUUGACCAAGGAGCUUUGUUCAUUGAAGCUACUCCACAACAGGAUAUUAGCCGGAAGAUUACAGGCUUUCAGUACGAACUGACAAACAAAAGGGAAGUCUCUAAUUUGCACACAAUUUCUGUUCCAUGUCGCCCUUGCAGUGACACUGAAGUCCUCUUAGCUGUCUGCACUAGUGACUUUGUGGUAAGAGGAUCCAUCCAGAAUGUAAAAAAUGAGCCAGAACAGCAAGAAUCUAUCAUUGACAUCCAUGUCAGUAAACUGUACAGACAGAAGAAUAAAGUCUUUCAGAUUGUGGAAAGCAGUAAAAGCUGGCAAGGACAGAUCAAGACAUUAUUAGAAUGUGGAGUGAAACCAGGAAAUGGGGAUUUCCUCUUCACAGGCCGAAUGCACUUUGGGGAGGCCAGAUUAAGUUGUGCUCCUCGUUUCAAAGACUUCCUAAGGAUGUAUAAAGAUGCUGAGAACAAGGGCCUGAAUCCAUGUGAAAUAGGCACAGUCUGAAGAUGAAUAGUUAGAUUGGAAAUCUUUCUUUCCCACCCAAGAAAACCUCAUUCCACCUGCACUUAUGCCUGACAAAU